AUGUUUUCCGAGAGCGGAGACAAGCUCCCGCCUCUCCCGCCCACAGUCUACCCCCGCCCCCUCCCAACCAGCACCAAGACGCCGGGAUACUACCUCGUCCUUCUAAUCUGCGUGGCCGUGUGUGUAUACCUAAUCUGGUUCGCUCUCUGGGGUCGCCUCAUCCCCGGCCCUUCUGGCCUCGUGUCCACUGUUCUCGCAGUCUGGGCCCUAGCAGAAGCCGUCUUCGGGGUGUACUACCAGUUCCUUGUGCGACGAGUACAGCCCGUCGCACCUCCGAGCACGAUCAAGCCCGAGGACCUGAGCGACCUAUUCCUCCGCGUCCUGCAUGCCGGCCUGGCAUACAGUUCCUCCAGCAGCCGAUACGUGCGUGAACGUACCGGACGUGACGUCGCGUCUACAUUGGCGCCGCCGGCCGAGAACGGUGCGGCUGGCGGGACUACUGGCCAGGCUGGCGCUCCGCACAUUGAGAGGAGGAAGCGCGGACGGCUGUAUUCCGCUGCGGCGGAUACGAUCGGCCUCGCGGAGCAGUAUAUGGACCCUAAUGAGGAGGAGGAUCCCCUAUUCGACCAGAAUGGGAACCCACACACUUUGGCGACUGAUGACCCGCUCGCAGUCGAGUUCCGGGAGCAGCUUCGGACGUGGUUCCACCACGCACCGUGGGAGAGUAUCUGCGCCGAGGACGUCCUCACCUGGCUUGCAUGGAGCACGUUUAACGAGCCGCUCGAGGCGGUACGUAUGCAGCCGAAGAAGAACCGCUUCCUCGACAGGACGUUAACAAUGCUCGAGGCGCGGACGGGCUCGGUCUUCCCGCCAGGCCGGUCCAGCGCGUCAAUCUGCCGCCUUACCCUCGACCCCGUCAACGUCGUCUCCCGCCCGUUCAUCAUCUACGCGAUCGCGAACAGCGUCAACUGGCUCCUCAGGACGCAGCUCUAUCCAUCUCGUGGGGUACAGCUCUACCGGGAGGGCGAGAUCGAUUAUCUCCUUCGUAUCCCACCGGGAUGGACGCCCGAGAAGGGGCGGACAGAGCGCAAUGCCGUUCCCGUCAUGUACCUCCACGGCCUCGGUUUCGGUCUCCUCCAGAACCACCUUCUCCUCAUCCACCUCAUCCAGUCGCUCCCGACCCACCCGCUUCUUGUACCGAUGGCACACCACACGGCGCAGGCCAUCUUUGACCCCCGCUAUCUGAAGCCGUGGACGCGGCCUCAGCUCGUCGCGAUGCUGCGCGGCGCAUGUGCGCGGUGGGGUUUCUUCGCUCCAGGUGACGACGGGCCAAAGGGUCGUGGAGGGAUCAGUCUGUUGUCGCACUCGAAUGGGAGCGUGCACCAUGGCUGGGUGCUCAAGGACGCACCCGAGAUGGUGCGGCGCAGUUGCUUUGUUGACCCCGUUGUGUUUAGUCUGUGGGAAGGAGAUGUCUGCUUCUCGUUUGUCUACCGUAAGCCGCGCAAGGCCAUCGAGCUCGCCCUGUACUACUUUGUCGCCAGCGAGGUGGGCAUUGCCAACUACAUUCAACGGCACUUCAACUGGUGCGACAACACGCUGUUCGUCGAGGAGAUCCCGAAUGCGCGCGAGGCUAGCCGCUCCGCCAUCUUCCUUGGCGGCGAGGACGUUAUCGUCGAUGUCACGCGUGUGCGGCGGUACCUCGAGCGCAACGGCGUCACCAGGGGAUUGCACUGGGACGCGGACGCGGGACACGGCGACGGCCUGAUUGGUGAGGCGCGCAAUCGUGUCGUCAUGUACGUCGGCACUGGGUCCACCCGCGGAUGGCAAGGCUGGAUCACUCGCGGGCGUCGCUCGCACUCGUUGGGUCAGUAUGAUCGGCCGUCCACCCCACGCGGCUCGGACGUGUCCGACACGGAGGGCGUGAAGAAGAAGAGCGAGCGCAGCGAGCCCUGGAAGGUGUCGAGAGACCACCUCGCCCGCGGCCUACGCCGCCGCAAGACUGGUCUGUAA